AUGUUAUCUUUAUUAAAUCUUAUUAGUGGAAUUUAUAGCUCUGAUGCGAAAGUAGAACAGAUUACUGAAGAACAAAUAAUUUCAUGGCCAGAAUAUUUAGUAUUGAAAUCGCUUAAAUUAGGAAUCUUAUUUUUUGUAGGAUAUACUCUUUUUGAAUGGUUACAGGUUAUAGCAAGUGAUAGAUCCAGUCAAGAAGCUCUAAAUAGGGCGAUUACAAGGUUAUUUUUGGUUGGACUUGGGGUGAUUUGCUAUUUAAUUUGUCGUUGGUAUUGGUAUUGA